UGUGUGUGCUUCCUGACUGUCCUUUGUGGUUUGUGAGAAGUGCUGAUCGCAAUAUGUCUUCAGGAAAUGCCAAAAUUGGGCACCGUGCCCACCAGUUCAAAGCAACUGCUGUAAUGCCAGAUGGUCAGUUCAAAGAUAUCAGCCUAUCUGACUACAAAGGAAAAUAUGUUGUGUUCUUCUUUUACCCUCUUGACUUCACCUUUGUGUGCCCCACGGAGAUCAUUGCUUUCAGUGAUAGGGCAGAAGAAUUUAAGAAACUCAACUGCCAAGUGAUUGGUGCUUCUGUGGAUUCUCACUUCUGUCACCUGGCAUGGAUCUACACACCCAAGAAACAAGGAGGACUGGGACCCAAGAACAUUCCGUUGAUAUCAGACCCCAAGCGCACCAUUGCUCAGGACUAUGGGGUCUUAAAGGCCGAUGAAGGCAUCUCAUUCAGGGGCCUUUUUAAUAUUGAUGAUAAAGGUAUCCUUCGACAGAUCACCAUAAAUGACCUUCCUGUUGGCUGUUCUGUGGAGGAGACACUGAGACUAGUUCAGGCUUUCCAGUUUACUGACAAACAUGGGGAAGUGUGCCCAGCUGGCUGGAAGCCUGGCAGUGAUACCAUCGAGCCUGAUGUCCAGAAGAGCAAAGAAUAUUUCUCUAAGCAGAAGUGAGCGCUGGGCCAUUUUAGGGCCAGGCUGCAGCAGGAGAUGGGAAGA